AUGCUUAGACCACUGUUCAAUCAAAUGGCUUUUUCAACAACAGUCACUUCUGGCUUGGAAUUAAUUAAGAGACUCCAAAAAUGGUCUUCAAAUAAUUUGAGAUCCUCAACCAUCCUGUGUACAAUAGAUGUGUCUGAUCUUUAUACAGUCAUUCCACAUGUGGAAGGUGUUUUGUCCUUAAAGAGUAUGUUGGAUCAUCUUAAAUUGAAAAAGGUCAAUAAUGUAAGAACAGAAGCCAUUCUUCGACUAGCCAGAUUUGUUAUGAAGAAUAAUUAUUUCAAAUACAAUGGACAAUAUUAUCAUCAAGUUAGAGGUGGAGCAAUGGGGUCUCCCUUGGCGUUGACCAUUGCCAACUGUUAUAUGUUCUUCUAUGAGCAAAAUAUUAUUAGACAAGUUACAAACAGUUUAGGUUUAUAUCUAAGAUUUAUUGAUGAUAUUUUCAUUAUUGUUAAUUGGCCACAACGUCAUCUAUCUAAAGAAGUAGAUCGAUGGAACACAUUCGAUGCCAACAUUAAAUUAUCAGCCAAAAUCGGUUUACAUGCUAACUUCUUAGAUGCGCAUAUUGAAAACAAAAAUGGCCAAUUAUUCACCUGUGUUUAUCACAAACCAUCUUAUGAACCAUAUUACUUACCGUUGAACAGUAUACAUCCGCUGCGCAUGAAAAAGAACAUACCCUUUGCUAUGUUGUUGCGCGCACUGAGGUAUUGCUCUACUUUCGAAUCAUAUCUCAAGGAGCGUGAUAAUUUAAGAAUGGUAUUAAUCCUCAAUCAUUACCCAAUUCAAUUUAUAGAUCAACAGUUCAAUUAUAUGUUUGGCAAAUUCAAUGUGAAACAAGCCAUUACUUCAAUUAAUUAUCAGCAAGUUCGCGAACAAAUAAUCAAUAGCGCUGUUAAAGUUAAAGAGCCCAUUGAUUAUGGCCAUCAAAUGUUCAUUCAUUUUACCUAUUGUUCGAGUAUGCGCUCGUUUCCAAAAAAGUUCCAUACCCUUUGGAACGAGUAUUUUUCGGAAUCACCUAUCAAUGAUGUCUCUCCAAUAUUAGGCACCCGUAAUGUUAAAAACUUACAAAGACGUCUGGUAGAGACUCGUGAUACCUGA